AUGUCAUACGGACCUCAACUACCCGCGUGGCUUGCGAAAAAUACCGAUCAAGACGAGGAGUCAGAAGACAAAGAUGAUACGACUCCAAUAGCAUAUGGGCCUGUAAUUCCAAAAUCUGUCGAAAAAUCGGAAAAAGACGAAGAAGAGGAAGACGAUGAGCCAGAAUCGGGAGUUUAUGGGCCAGCGAUUCCGAAAAAUGUUGAUUUUUCGAAUUUGACAACUGAAGGGAAUGAAGAAGAAGAAGAGGAAGAAGAAGAUACAGCUGGCAGCAGCUACGGACCAUCAAUCCCUUCAAAUUUUCGGCAAAGCUUUGGUCCAAUGAUACCAGGAGCUCAGAACGAUGAUUCAGAUGACGAAAUUGGUCCGAUGCCAGUGACGGAAGGAAAUGAAGAGAAGGAAGCAUUGGAGAGAGCGUAUCGAAUGGUGCUGCAAAAAGAGGCGGAGGACGAGGAAAAGAACUCCCAACCAAAACGCGAAGAAUGGAUGACGUCAGUGCCUAAAAAGAUGGGAAAUUUCGGUUUGGGACCUCGAACAUUCAAAAAAGGAACAGUAUCCGAGAGGGAUUCGUCAUGGGAAGAUGCGCCGGGAGCCAAGAAGAAACGACGAGACGAGCAGAAGACAGCGAAAUCUGUUGGUGCGGCGAUGGCAGACGCGAGACAAGAGGCUAUUGUUUCUCAGAAGACUUCUGGGCCCUCUCUACUGGAAUUACAUCAAAAAACGAGAGAAGAGAAGGUGAAAGAUGCGGGGUACCUUCCCGGAGAACGUCGGCCAUUCGAUCGUGACAAGGAUAUGGAAGUACGGGGAUUGAAGGCUGGAGGAAGUAAAGAGGCGGUGGAGAAGAUGAAGGAGUUGCAAGGACGAUUUGCGAAUAGCAAGGAUAAAAAAUUCUUAUAA